AUGCAGCAAAUUGAGGUGGUCAAACGCAAGUGCAGGUACAUUGCAGGUUGCAAAGUGCCACGCAGCAGCUUAGCACCCCAGACUGUGCGGAAAUUACUGGAGCAAAAACGGCAACAGCAGUCUGUGGCAGGCCACAGCACUGGACCCUUGAUCCUUCCAGGAGCUCGAGAAGCCAACCAGCCAGCUGAGUCCCUCUUCCUAGAGCCCCCUGGAGCGUCAGAAGGAGGGGGACCCACUCCAGGACAGACAGCCGCUCCAGAGUACCCCAUUGCUGGCUUUCCUGCCUGGCAGCCAGACGCCUCGAGCCAAGCAGCCUUCCCCCCAGACUAUCCCUACGACUGCGUGGACGCUGCCAAGGAUUUCCUUCUCACGCCUCCAGGGGCCCAGUAUGACAUGAUGAACCCCUUCACGCCCUUGGAAGCCAGUGUUUAUGGGUCUCCGGGACCUGGGCCCACUGGGGACGCGUAUGGCUCCAAGAUGGCGCCAGUGGUGGAUUAUGAGAAGGUGGCCACCGAAGCCCAGGCCUUGACCAUUUAUCCCACCUCUGGAGGCCAUUGGCCAGAGCAGGAACAGAACAACCUCUGCCUCCUUCCCCCUGGGAAUUACCCAACUGCAACUCUGGAGGUAGAUCCAGGAGAACUGGCCCAAGCUCGGGCACAGAUCCAGAAUAUGGAAUUGGCCCAUCUGCUGCAGCAGGAUGAAGAUGGAGACAUGCUCCUCCAUCUGUUUGUGGCCCAGGGACUCCGCCCACUCGCUUACGCUGCUGCUGAGAUGCUCCGAGACUGUGGGCAGCUGGACGCCAAAGAGCACAGGGGGAAGACUCCACUGCUGGUAGCAGCUGCAGCAAACCAGGCCAAGAUAGUGAAAGACCUGAUCCUACUGGGAGCAGAUAUCAACGCGGUGGACCAGAAGGGCCAGGCUGUGUUGCACCUUGGCGCCACCUAUGGGCUGCCCGGUGUCAUUGAGGCUGUGUUAUUGACCGGCAUCCCUGUCAACGUGGAGGCCAGAAAUUUUGAAGGCCUGACUCCCCUGCACUGUGCCGUCAUCGCUCACAAUGCUGCUUUCCAGGCACGCCCCAUGGAGCUGUUGUCUCAGCAUCACCUACAGGGCUUGUUGCUCUGUAUUCGACUGCUCCUGCAACUUGGGGCGGACUACAAGAGCCAGGACCUGAAGAGCAGCAAAACCAUCCUGCACUUGGCUGUCCAAGCCGCGAACCUGCCUUUGAUCCAGUUCCUCCUCCAGCUGCCUGGACGAGAACUCCAGAACUUUGUAAAUAUGAAGGCUCAUGGGAACACCGCCCUGCACAUGGCCGCCGGCCUUCACGGGCACCCCUAUCAAGAGCAGAUUGUGCGCCUGUUGCUGGACCACUGGGCCGAUCCCAGUGCCCGGAACCUGGAGAACGAACAGCCGGUUCACCUGUUGGCUCCUGGGCCAGCAACAGAGCAGCUGCGCCUGUUGUUAAGGAGCCGCCGUGCAGGCCCUGGCCUGGCCCAUCACCUGCCUUCUCUUACCUGA